UAGCACACACACACACACACACACACGCACACACACACACACACACAGCUCCUGCUGUUUCUUCUCUGUACUGAAACGUUUAACGGGAGGACCGCUUAUAGGCGCGCGAGACGAUCCGAGAAGCGCGAGACAGCUCGAAAUGCGCUCUGGAGAGCAAUGUUUAAGACUCGCGGCACUGCUCGUGCUGCUGCCGUGUUUGUUGUUCUUUAACGUGGACGAGAAGGACAGCAUGUCGUUCAGUGGGCCGAUCGAAGACAUGUUCGGUUACACUGUGCAGCAGUUCCAGAACAGUGAGGGGAAAUGGGUUUUGAUUGGUUCUCCUCUGAAGGGACAGCCAGCCCAGCGAACCGGAGACGUCUACAAAUGCCCCGUGGGUCACGGCAGUUCUUCCAGCUGUAUAAAAUUAGACCUGCCUGAUUACACAACAAUCCCAAACAUACACGAAGUCAAAGCGAACAUGACCAUGGGGACGACUCUGGUGGCUAAUCCGGACGGGAACGGAUUUCUGGCUUGCGGACCUCAGUACGGAUACAUGUGCGGAAAUCAGCAGUACAUCACCGGUAUCUGCUCCAACGUCAGCUCCUCCUUCCAGGUGCUCAACUCCAUCGCCCCGACCGUCCAAGAUUGUAAGCAGGACAUGGACAUCGUCAUCGUGCUCGAUGGAUCCAACAGCAUUUUCCCGUGGAGGCACAUCACAGAUUUUCUUGUCAAGUUUCUCAAAAAGAUCGAAAUCCCUCCAGCCAGGGUGGGCAUCGUGUCGUACGGAGACGACGUGGGCCACGUUUUUAACCUCAGCCAGUUCUCUACCACAGACGACCUGGUGAAGCACGCAUCCAAGAUCGAACAGAGGCGGGGCUUAAGAACCAUGACGGCGCUGGGAAUCGACACGGCGAGAAAAGAGGCGUUCACCGUGGAGCGAGGAGCCAGACCGGGGGUCAAGAAAGUCAUGGUGAUCGUGACAGAUGGAGAGUCUCAUGACGACUACAGACUGAAAGAUGUCGUCGAUGACUGUGAGAAGGACGGGAUCGAGAGGUUCUCCAUCGCUGUUCUUGGUGAUUAUAACCGUCAAAAUAAAAGCAAAGAACAAGUGAAUAAAUUCAUUGAACAAAUCAAGUCCAUCGCAAGCAACAAAACAGAAGAUCAUUUCUUCGACGUAGAAGACGAGAGAGCUCUGGUGACCAUCGUCGAUGCUCUCGGGAGCAAAAUCUUUGCCUUAGAAGCUACAUCUGGGAACCACACGUCGUCUUUCGAGAUGGAGAUGUCCCAGUCAGGCUUCAGCGCUCACACGUCAAGAGCAGGUGUGAUGCUUGGCGCAGUGGGAGCGUACGAUUGGAACGGCACCGUCGUCAUGCAGUCGGGCAAGCGCUUUGUCGUGCCCAAGUACAACACCUUUCAUAACCCUCAAGUGGAGCACUACCAAGGCAUGGCCGGAUACGUGGGUUAUGACGUGCAGUCAGCGUACACACCCUCUGGAGUUCUCUACAUCGCCGGGGCUCCCAGAUACAACCACACGGGCCGAGUGAUCGUGUACCGCUUCAACGGAACGAACGUGAAGGUCACGCAGAACCUCGAAGGAGAACAGAUCGGCUCGUACUUCGGCAGCGUCCUGCAAACUCUGGACGUUGACAGAGACUCGUACACAGACCUUCUGCUGGUGGGAGCUCCCAUGUUCAUGGGGCCUGAGAGAGACGAGCAAGGACAAGUCUACGUCUACAGGCUCAACAAGGAGGGUGUGUUCGAACACGAGAUGACCCUACGGCCGGUAAACCAGACGUGCUGCACACCGCUCUCACACACUUCCUGUACGAGUGUGAAUAAGAACGAGCCGUGCGGUGCUCGGUUCGGUACGGCCAUCGCCGCUGUUCCUGACCUCAACCUGGACGGCUUUAACGACGUGGUGAUUGGGUCGCCGCUGGAGAACGAUCACCGGGGGGCGGUGUACAUCUACCAUGGCACAGGGCGCACGAUUCGAGAAAAAUAUGUUCAGCGCAUAGCUGCUGGAGGUGAUGGUGAGAAGAUGAAGUUCUUCGGUCAGUCCAUUCACGGAAUCAUGGACUUGAACAAUGAUGGAAUUAUAGACGUAACUAUCGGAGGUAUCGGAGGAGCUGCGCUGUAUUGGUCUCGGGAUGUUGCCGAACUCCGUGCCGAGAUGAGCUUCAGCGCCAACAAAAUCAACAUGCAGCAGCCAACGUGUCAAAUCCACGGCAAGGACACAGUGUGUGUGAAGACCAAAGUGUGCUUCAGCUACACAGUCAAGUCCGAAAAAGAGAAGAACCUGGUGGAGACAUUGAUCCACUACACUCUGACUCUGGAUUCACUGCGUGCCAUUGCGAGAGGAAGAUUUAACGAUACAGACGAGAGAAAAAUCCAGAAGAACGUCAACGUCAGUGACACGCUAUGCAUUGAACACUCCUUCUACAUGUCGGAAAAAUUAGAUUUCAGGGAUCCUCUGAUGGUGUCUCUGGACUUCGGGUUAGUGGAUCUAGACAAGGGUCCAGUGCUGGAUGGAACUCUACCAACAUCACUCAAUAAAACGCUGGCAUUAGUAGACUGUGGAAGUGAUGAGAAGUGUGUCGCCGAUUUAAAGCUCCAAGCUACACCGAACAUCACCAGCAUUGUGAUUAAGGAAUACCAGGAGAAGUUCCAUGUCAGCAUUAACAUCAGGAACAGUGGAGACAACGCAUACAACACCAAGGUCACACUCAGCACCACGGAAAACAUCAACUACGUCACAGUCGAGCCUAAAGAUAAAGACUGCGACUUGAAUCACACCAAAGCCGUGUGUGCAGUUGGAUACCCGUUCCUAAAAUCCAACGCACAGGAAGACUUCAAGGUUCUCUUCGAGGUCAAUCCAUCUCACAUCCGCAAAGACAUCAUCAUCAACGUUACAGCCACCACUGAUAGUGAAGAGCUCGAUUCGAAUCUUCAGGAUAACGUCGUACACAUCUCCAUCCCUGUGAAAUAUGAAGUCAGUCUGACCUUCACUGCUAAGAAGACCAUGAAGGAGGAUCGGAUCAUCUUGAAGGAGGGAGAAAAGGCACCGAGUGUCAUCAAUGACACCAGGCUGAUCGGAGAGGAGAUGAACAUCAGUUAUACAAUUGAAAGAGCUGCAGAGAAACAGAGUCCUCCUCUUAGUCUGACCGUCACGUUUCCGUACAUGACGCCGGCCAAGAACAUCCUUCUCUAUUUGACUCACCUCACUUACUCAGCCAAUAUUAAUUGUACAGCUGACAUUAACCCUCUGAAGGUCGGCCCCACGGCCCCGUACACACGGAAGGCUAAAGCUGAGACACUCAGUGACUAUCUGCUGAGCUGUAACGUGAAGGCGAACCCCUGCACGUGGUUCAGCUGUGCUAUUCCUCCUGCCACAUUUAACCAGAUCAACGUCACCUUCAGAGUCUGGAAGCAGACGUUCAUCUACGGCGAGUUUACCAGUCUCUCCUUAACGGUUCAGGCUAAAUUGGAGAAUAAAGACAAGACUUUUUUUCAGUUAAGCCAAACUGACAAAAACAGAGAGGUAAACGUACAGAUCUUAAAAGAGUCCCGAAGUGGAAUUCCUCUGUGGAUCAUUAUCCUCAGUAUCCUCAUAGGACUACUAAUACUGGCACUGGUAAUAUUUUGUCUCUGGAAGUUCGGGUUCUUUAAGAGAAAAUCAGUGGAAGACAUGAAGGAGGAUAUGAGAGAGAGUUAAAGGCUCCAGUUUUCAGGUCGGCAGACUUUCAAAGCCCUCAGGACAAAACACACACUCCCAGACCCACAGAGACACUACACAUUACACUUUACACUGAACGGACCAAAAGCAUCACGUCACCGACGUCCUCACGGAGAUCUUGAAGAAACUGAAGAUCUAGAUUGUUUCGGAAAUCAUGAAGGUCAGCAGAUGGACUUUUGGUUGUCUUCUUUUUCAUGCGUCGUGCCUUUCCAAACCCAGCACAUAAGCUCCACAGCUUUAUCUAAUUUAUCAUUAGAAUAAACUAGUAUGAGUUAUCGCUCCCAUUUACCCAAUAUAAACAGCAGAUCAGUCAAUCGACAGAAGAAUCUGGAUUGAUUGACAGUCGUGUAGGUGUUUUAAACUGUACCGUACCGUUUACCAGACACCCUUAUACAGAGUGACUUACAUUUUUUAUUUCAAUUUAUACAACUGAGAGUUAAGGGCCAUGCUCAGGGGCCCCACAGUUGCAGCUUGGUGAACCUAAGAUUAAAACUCAUGCCCUUUUGUUCAGUAGGCCAACACCUUAACCACUAGGCUGAGCGAGUGAGUGGGUGAGAGAGAAGGUGUGUGUGAGUGUGUGUGUGUGGGUGUGUGUGUGAGAGAGAGAGAGAGAGAGAGAGAGAGAGAGAGACUGAAUGAGUAAAUGUGGGAGAGGGAGAGUGUGUGAGAGAGAGAGAGAGAGAGUGUGUGAGUGUGUGUGUGUGUGUCUGUGUGUGAGAGAGGGAGUGAGUGAGAGGAAGAGAGUGUGUGAGAGAGAGAGAGUGAGUGAGAGGAAGACAGUGUGUGAGUGUGUGAGAGAGAGAUUGAGUGUGUGAGAGAGAGAUUGAGUGUGUGAGGGGGAGAGUGUGUGUGAGAGAGAGUGUGAGUGUGUGCGAGAGAGAGUGAGUGUGUGAGAGGGAGAGAGUGUGUGAGUGAGAGAGUGUGUGUGAGUGUGUGUGAGAGAGAGAGAGAGAGUGAGUGUGUGAGAGGGAGAGAGUGUGUGAGUGAGUGUGUGUGUGAGAGAGAGAGAGAGAGAGAGUGAGUGUGUGAGAGGGAGAGAGUGUGUGAGUGAGUGUGUGAGAGGGAGCGAGUGAGUGUAUGAGUGAGUGAGUGAGUGUGUGAGAGGGAGAGAGAGUGAGUGUGUGUGAGAGAGAGAGUGAGUGUAUGAGUGAGUGUGUGAGAGGGAGAGAGAGUGAGUGUGUGUGAGAGAGAGACAUUCACUUUCUUAUUAAUUGCUGACAAAGAUGGACAAAGUACUGAGAAAUUAUAAUCAAGUAAAAGUGGAAGGUUAAAAAAAUGUAGUGAAAGUAAAAGUAAAAGUUUUCAGCUAAUAAAAUAAGCUGUAAGGUUUGUAAGAAUAUUUCAGUACAGAAUGAAAAUAGCGUCUGAAACGUCGUCCGCUCCUGAAGCGUGUACGUGUACGUGUAAACUUUUCUAGUGUCUACAGCUUAACUAAAACCAAAAGCAAGGGGACCGUAAAACCCUCAUGUGUGUACAUAUUACACCUGUUCAGGGUUAGCAGACUCGCUAAAGCUCGCUAAAGCUCGCUAAAGCUGAAAUGGACAUCAAACCAAAGCCGCUAAACAUCUCAUCAGCUCAAAGCUUCUUCAGUGUGAUCAUGUUCUCAUCUUUACACCAGUGUAAUAAAGAAUCCAAUAUCCUCCUCAUCACAUUUCACCCCAGAGCUUCUUUACUGCCCUUUAGAUUUACCCUCAUGAGCUCAGACUCUAGCUAGUGUAGUUUCUUUCUUUGGCACAUUCCUCAUUAUAUGCAGCACCUGACACUGAUGUUCGUCCCGUUCUUCGUUCUUCGUUCCUUUCCUGUGUGCUGAGGGACAAUCUGACUGAUUGUACUGUAAAUGUAUAUAAGAGUAAAACUGUAUAUAGAGCGAUGUCUGCAAUAAUACGUGUGAAUGAAUGACUAGCGAUUAAACCGAUAUCGAUGUGCUAAAGGUAGUUUUUAUCCACCCAUGUUUUUUUUUUAAUCGCUUUUUUUAACAUUCUGCUGAAGAUUUUGAAACAAAAAUGAAUUAACCAAUCAAAUGUUUUGUAGUGAACGUGUUUUCCUGUUGUUUUUAUAUUUUAUGUAUUUUUUCCUCUCCUUUUUUUAAUAUUGUAUGGUUUUUCUAUCAUCGUGUCAUUGGCUGUGUAACUGUUCCUUCAUUACAUCGUGGUGAAGAGUGUGUUUCGAUUAUCAGACAUGUUCCAAUCACAAAACAUUCCUUAUGAAUAAUAAUGAUCUGAUUGAAUAAUAAUGAUCUGAUUGAAUUACAGUGAUCUAGCACCACCUACAGGUCAGAAGCUGUCAUGGUUUAUUUUGUGUUAAAAUGAAGCAUAAGGAGAUAUUUAGAUCUCGGACACAAACCCAGACUCGAGUAGGAGUCAGAAGUUCAGGAAAAAGUUACGUAUGAGGUGGAGUUUGAUGAAGAGGAGUAUGAGAGGAGUUUAUUUUUUGAGUGUGUGUGCCUGUGUGUGUUUGUGUGUUUGUUGGUGUUUCUGUGUGUGUGUGUGCUUUUUGUGUUUCUGUGUGUGUGUUUCUGUAUGUGUCUGAGUGUGUGUGUGUAUGUGUUUCUGUGUGUCUGAGUGUGUGUGUGUAUGUGUGUGUGUUUCUGUGUGUAUCUGAGUGUGUUUGAGUGUGUGUGCGUAUGUGUUUCUGUGUGUCUGUGUGUGUGUGUGUGUGUGUGUGUGUGUGUGUUUCUGUUUGUGUCUGAGUGUGUUUGAGUGUGUGUGUGUUUCUGUGUGUCUGAGUGUGUGUUUCUGUGUGUGUCGGAGUGUGUGAGUGUGUGUAUAUGUGUUUCUGUGUGUCUGAGUGUGUGUGUGUGUGUGUGUGUGUGUGUGUUUCUGUGUGUAUCUGAGUGUGUUUGAGUGUGUGUGCGUAUGUGUUUCUGUGUGUGUCUGAGUGUGUUUGAGUGUGUGUGUGUGUUUCUGUGUGUCUGAGUGUGUGUUUCUGUGUGUGUCGGAGUGUGUGAGUGUGUGUAUAUGUGUUUCUGUGUGUCUGAGUGUGUGUGUGUGUAUUUCUGUGUGUUUCUGUGUGUGUCAGAGUGUGUUUGAGUGUGUGUGCAUGUGUGUUUCUAUGUGCUAGAGAUGAGUAAGAUGAUGAAUUUAUCCCUAAGUGCUAGUGUUUUCAUCUAACGGUAUGUUUUUACAUUUCUCCUAAUGGAUCAGGAAAUAAAGCUGCCUGUAUAUGUAACAUCAUUGAGCUGAACAUUACACACAAUUACAUUUACUGUCUGAAAUGUAUCAAUGAUCCCAUUGGUCACGUCAAGAUUAUGAACAACUGUGUAGCUCUUUCUGUUAUUGUGGGUUUUCAGCAUUUUUUGUUUCAGGUCUUUUUUUAUUAUGUUCACAUUCUUUCUUUAAAAACAAACACAAUCUUGUAUUUUCUUUGAUUUUAUUAUACGAGUUCUUCCCCGUUGGCAUCAGCACUCCACUGCUGUGAGCACGUGUAGUAAAGGAAAUCUAGGCAUGUUUAAGGUGUGAGGAAAAGAGAUUUGUGUGUUUAAUGUCACUGCUGUAAACCAAGUAAUGCACUGGUUUUUGAAAAGAAUUGCACAUUCUGUCUGGAAAAAUAUGCACAUGAAUAAAUACGUCUUUUUUAAUGAA